AUGAGCCUCUCGGUGGAAAUUGUGACCCCUAACGGGCACCGGUACACUCAACCCACAGGGCUGUUCAUCAACAACGAAUUCGUCCCCGCUUCAUCUGGCCAAACCAUCACAUCACUCGACCCCGCGACUGACAAGCCAAUUGCUACCGUUCAUGCUGCCAAUUCCGACGAUGUUGAUCGCGCCGUCAAAGCUGCCAAGGCCGCUCUGGCGCAUGAAUCUUGGAAGCUUCUCCCCGCAACGGAGCGAGGAAUGUUGAUGAUGAAGCUCGCUGAGCUGAUGGAGUCGCACAAGGAACUUCUCGCUACUAUCGAUGCCUGGGACAAUGGCAAAGCGUACCACGUCGCUCUCGAUGAAGACCUCACCGAGGCCAUUAGCACCAUUCGGUAUUACAGUGGUUGGGCUGACAAGACCUUCGGCCAGACGAUUAGCACCACACCCCAAAAGUUCGCCUACACACUGCGCCAGCCCAUCGGUGUCGUGGCCCAGAUUAUCCCCUGGAACUAUCCCCUGUCAAUGGCUUGUUGGAAAUUGGGUCCGGCUCUCGCAUGCGGAAAUACCGUUGUUCUCAAGCCCGCAGAGCAAACUCCACUAAGCGCGCUAUUUCUCGGAACGCUCAUCAAGCAAGCUGGCUUCCCACCAGGCGUGAUCAACAUCAUCAACGGAUAUGGUCGAAAUGCCGGUGCCGCCCUGGCAUCUCAUCCACUCGUUGACAAGGUGGCGUUCACAGGAUCGACCGGCACCGCUCGCGAGAUUAUGAAAAUGGCGGCUGGUGACUUGAAAAACAUCACAUUAGAGACGGGCGGCAAAUCCCCGCUCCUGGUCUUCCCUGACGCAGACAUGGAUCAAGCCGUGAAAUGGUCGCACUUCGGAAUCAUGUCGAACCAGGGCCAAAUUUGCACUGCGACUUCGCGGAUCUACGUGCACCGGGAAAUCCUACCUACUUUCUUGGCGCAGUUCAAGGCCGCCGUUGAAAGCGUCAAGAUUGGUGACCAGUGGGAUUCGGAGACCUUCCAGGGUCCCCAGGUUACCCGUGCCCAGUAUGAGCGUAUUCUCUCGUACAUGGAGAUUGCUAAGAGUGAAGGCGCUACUAUUUUGACCGGCGGCGCUGCCCAUGUCCCCGCCAACCCGGAGAACAAGAACGGGUACUUUGUGCAGCCCACCGUCAUCACCGAUGCGACUGAUUCGAUGAGGAUCACCCAAGAGGAGAUCUUCGGUCCUGUGGUGGUGAUCUUGCCGUUCGAUACCGAGGAGGAGGCUAUUCGCCGGGCCAAUGACACUACAUAUGGCCUCGGAGCAGCAGUGUUCACGACUGAUUUGGAGCGUGCGCACCGUGUGGCUGCUGAGAUCGAGUCUGGAAUGGUGUGGGUGAAUAGUAGCCAGGACUGUGACCCCCGGGUGCCAUUCGGCGGGGUUAAGCAGAGUGGUAUUGGUCGCGAGUUGGGCGAGGCUGGCUUGGAGGCAUAUAGCCAAAUCAAGGCUGUACAUGUCAACAUGGGUAGUAGGCUGUAA